CAGAAAAGUUAGGACUCACCCCAUUAAAGUCCUUUGAAAGAAAUGUCAUAUAUUUAGCGGCACCGAGGGGAGGACAUGCCACCGAAAAACGUAGCCCAUGUGUCAACAGCAUCAUCUUAAUUAAAGCAGCAACAUUAUUUUUGCUCAAUCAGAAGACAGAAAAAGCCUUAGCGCAAAGUCCAAACUUGCACCUAACAUAAACUUGCCGGAAUUCUAUCAUGAAGUUUCUAUUUGGAAGAGAGAUAUCUUCAUCAUAAAAAGUGCACCCCAUGUCCUUACAUAUUGGAUUUUCUUUCCUUUCUUCCUUGGCUUUCAUCCUUAGCACAAGGGAGAAAAGGGCUCCAGAAUUUUGUACAAACCUUGGGACUUGUGUGAUCUUAUCUUCUACAGAUAAUUUUUUGUGUCACAAGAAGGCUUCAGCUGAAAGAAGUAAAAGUUGAAGACACGACUAAUUUGGUUGGAUCUUGAAGGAGAACUAUGAUAGUAGCAUAUCACAAGGAAAGAGGAAAAUCCAGGAAUAGAAAUCCCAUGCAAUAAGUAAAUGGAUGAAGUACCUGGAUCCGUGGGCACCAGUGCCAGCUUCAGUCUCAGAUUGGGCCAGACCAUGUUCUCUUCUGCUUCCCUUCUCUUUAUGUCUCUCGGGGUUGAAUUCUACAGCUUCACGGCUUUCUGCUAUUUGGUGACAAUUAUGGGGUUGGUCAUACCAUGGAGUUUCACAUUAGCAUUGGUAGAUGGAUAUUCUGUUCUAGUCAAAUGCCCCAUUCGUCAACCAGGAAUACUUUUGAUUAUUGUUGUGGGAGAUUGGGUGUUAUCAACCCUCACACUAGCAGCAGCUUGCUCAACAGCCAGUGUUGUGGAUCUCCUGCUCAACACACAUGGGUCUUUUUGCCCGCAAAAGCUUUGUGGCAGAUACAGGAUAUCUGCAAUUAUGGCCUUUAUGUCAUGGUUUUUAUCUUUGGCAUCCUCUCUAUUCAACCUUUGGCUAUUACCCUCUUUGUGAUUCUCAUUGAAUUCCCUUGUAAAAUUAUUAGAUUAAUCAUUAUUUAUUUUGUAAUUUUUCACCUUCGAUUAUAGCAUGAGAAAUACCAGGUGACAGGAUUUUAAAUGAUGUAUAUUUAUAAUUACAGAACUCAGAACUUGUAUUUGUAAAAGUCAAAGUAUAUAGAAGCUCAAUGUUAAACUGUA